AAUUCGUAAGUUAUAGCUGCUCCCAGUAAAUCUAGAUGUCGAUACGACGUGAAUUUAUAUGCGAUUGCGUGUCUUUCGAAAUUUCCGUCCUUUAAAAACUAUUUAACAAGAUGGAUUCAUAUAAUGAACAUGAUGAUCAAAGAGAAUUGGCAAUAAUUAUACACGAACAAGAAAAUCAGCAUGAUGGAAGUGAUACUCAGUGUAAGCCAGAGCUGGUUUCUUCAAUUAAUGCCCAUCAUAAUAUUGCCAAUAAACAAACAGAAGACGAUGAAAUUGUGUUUAAAAAUCUGAAAUUAAUAAAUUCUACAGAUAAUAAGUCUAAUUCCCUCAUUGAUAGCGAAAAUAACACAGCCGAUGUGACACAGUGUGAUGAUGAAUAUGACACUUUGGAUGAAUUAUUCGACAUUGCGAAAUUGUUAUCGGACUCGAUGGAUAACCAACAAAUAAUAUCUGUAGGAAAAAAGCAAUUAAAAUCAGAUGAUGAUAAUUAUGAACAAAAUGCAGAGAAAGCGUUUGUUAAUAAUAAUAAUGGUGGUGGUGGUGGUAGUGGUGGUGAUAUCGGAUAUCAGCCAUCACAAACGGCUGAUAAUAAUCUAAUAUCAAGCCGUAAUGUGGAAAUAAAACAAGUUGUCAUUGGGUAUCCUGAUCGUAUGUCCAUUGUAAUGGAAGAGAAUGAUGAUGAUUAUGUUGAUGGUAAUGAUGAAGAUUAUGCAUCGGAAGCUUCAAUUAAUCAAGAAGAGUGUCAUAAAUACAACGAAAUACUGGUGGAUGAAUUGUCAUUUGACCAACAAGAUAUGUCUAAAGAUUCGUCUCAAGAGCAAAUAACCGAAUUCGUUGAUAGUCUCAAUGAACGUUUACGAAUAGAAUCAAGAUCUUCUUCGACUUCGGAUGUAACAACAAUCGAUGAAAACGAUGUUGCAUGUGAGAUAGAAAUUCAUCCACAACCAUUGGAUCAUUGGGUAGAAGAUUCUUAUGCCACAGUCGUUCGUCAUACACCUGUGGUUACACCUACUACAGUUACUCCUGUAAAUACUGCAAAUCACAAUACAGAAAUGGAUAAUUUGAUUCAAGAGAAUUUAGAAGUUUAUAAUCCUCAUGAAGAAUAUGCAAAAAAACAAUUUGAUUCUAAAUUAGGUAUUGGUUGUAAUUAUUACAAUGAAUUCGCUGAAACAGAAGAGUUUGAAGAUAUGAACAAUGGAACAAAUCAUGAAUUACCUAGUGAAACUCGUCUACGAACCAUACCACUAGAACGAUUUAUUACUGAAGAACAACAUAUAAACGUAGAGAAUUUAAAGCACCAAUCUCAGACGAUGCAAAAUUAUUGCGAUUCUGAAAGUUUAGUUAAAAUGAAUGUUGUACCCGAUGAUAAUUUAGAGGAUCGUACAAGAUGGCGUACUUGUCCAUCUUUGAUACUUCCAACAAGAGAAUCAAUUGAACAACCGAGGUGUCAUGCUUGUGCAGAAGUGGUCUAUCCUUUAGAAGCUUUACAGACUAUUGGUCGAGUUUAUCAUAAGAGCUGUUUCAAGUGUCAUCAAUGUCACCGUGUUCUAAGCUUGGGCAAAUACAGUGUAUGGGAAGGCAAUCCAUAUUGUGAGCCACAUUAUCUUGUAUUGUUCAAGGCGUUUGGACAGUAUAACAGUAAUUUAACAAAAACUCCAACAUUUGAUGCCUCAUCUCAUGUUCGACAGGAAGUUUCGAAGAUAGAACGGUCAGCACCAAAUAUAACUCAGACAUUAGUAGCCAAAUUUCAAGAAUUAGAAUCUGGAAACAAUACAACUAGUAUACAAAAUUCUCUACCACAGAAUCAACCACCACGUAGAAUCUAUUUUAACUCCACUCAUACAGGACCAACCAGUGCAAAUGGUGAUGUUUUUCCAUCGUCAGGAAGUGCUCGUCAAUUAGUAGAACGUUGGAAUAAAAUGCCUCUGGAAAAUCAGACUGUUGGUCGAGUUGCGCCUGAAGUAAAUGGAAAACCUCAUGUUUCAAACCAACGGAAAUUCAUUCCUGUGGAACCCAAACCAUUAACUAGAAAACCUGUCGAACAAAAACCAAAACAAUUAGUCAGUGAAUUAAAACAAAAUUUCAGUCAUAAACCUGAAGAUGAAGCUUACAGUUCCUCGGAGUCUACUGAAAGCGCGAAAAUUGGUCAGUUUCAUAGCACAAAUGGUAAAACAAGUGAAUUUCCAACUCCGGGUAUUACACGAAAUCUAGUUGCUAAAUUUUCUGCCCUUUCUGCUGCAUCCUAACUUAUGACAUAUUCUCAACACUUUUCUUACCAAAAAUAGUAGCGUAAUCAGAUGAAGAUGAUGAUGACUAUUAAAACGAUUUGGUCAUAAUCAAUAGGAACACACUUUUUCUCGACAGUUCUUUUUUUCGACUUUGUUUUCAAAUUACUGAUUACUAAUACUCUUUUAUUACAACUUUUGUCGCUAUUAUCGUCAUCCUUGUUACAGUCUAUUUCUUCAUACUGGUCCACUUUUUCAUAACAACAGAUUGUCGUAUCUUAAUCUAUUAUUUCAUUGUGGUUUAUUCAUUACGCUUACAUUACUAAGUAUUUAUUUGAUGUUGUUACUGCUUAGAUUUAUGUUUAUGAAUAAAAUUUACUUAUAAGGAAGAGGAAUUAUUAAGCACCACAUGCUAUGUUUCUGUUAUUCAUUUUAUUGUCAUAUAUAUACAGAGAGAGAGAGAGAGUACCAUUUUGAUUUGUCAUUGUUAGUGUCAUUUAUAUUUCUUGUCAAUCUAUAAAACUUACUCUUUUUUAACGCUCAGUUUCCUUUUUGAUAUGAUAGUAUUCUUUUUUACAUAGCUUUUAUUUCUGUUAACACAAAUUUGGAAGUAGCCACAGUUGAGUUUAUUUCAGUGGGUUUGUUUUAGUAUUUAUCGUGUCCAUUUCUACUUGUUUUACUUGCCGUACAUAGUGUGUUUUGUUUUCAUACAUGGUUCAUUUGUUUUUUGUUUUAUGACACUACCAACUAUACGAAUUUUCAUCCUGUUUUUCGUUGUCAUUUUCAAUGCUUUCACUUUUCUUCUUGUCUAUAUCUCUUCGUUAUUUCUUUUGAUAAUGUUUAAAUACCGAACUGUUCCUGUUUACCAUUCUGUUUUUCGAGUAAAGCUUAAUUUAAUUACAAAUUAAAGGUUUUUACUUGUAUUCCCCAGGUGGAUCAAUCGCAGCCUGUAUAAUUCAGUAAUAAGUUUUAAAUCUCAUGAAAAGUACCAGUUCCUUCAAGGUUACAGGCAAUCUAACGAGCGUCAACUAGCACGAAAAGUGUUUCUAAAAUUUCCAACACUUUAUCCAUAUUUGUAGAAUUACUGGCAAAAGCAUCUAUACUUAUUCUGGACUUUUGAGAUGGGUACUCAUAAGAGGAUUAUAUCUAAGACUUACUACAACUUAAUCAUAAGUAGUAUGCAGAAAAAAACUAAUUGGUCUACGAAUUUUUGCAUUUAACUGCAUGGAUUGCCAUUUUGCUGCUUAUUAUUCAAUUCUUGUGUUCGUUUCUUUUAAACAAUUAAAAUGAAGCUGAAUCAUAAACUCUCCAGUGUUAAUCAAAUUCACUUUCCAAAAGAUUACUUGUUAUAUUUAUUUAAGUUAAUUUUCCUUAAAUAACUUUGUGUAAUAGGCUGAGUAAAUCAGUCAGUCUUCGAAAUGUUAAAUACAAUCAACUAACAGUAUAAACUCUCUUGGUUAUUUAUCAUAUCUAUGAACUUAUUCGUCAGUACUUAAUAGCCUAUGAAUAUGAGCUAAAAUUUACAUUCUAAUUGUUGAAAAAUUUGAC